AUUUUACUGUCAUGGCUGUGCUCCCGAGAGUAAAUAUAAACAUUGGAAAAUUUUAUGCUUGUUUGCUUUUAGUAUUUGUUCAGUUUUACUAGUCUACAUCAAAUCGCUUUUAUACUUUACUGAAAUAAAAUAGCAACAAGAUGUUUCAUACUGCUUUAAGUACAUCUUUAUGGAUGGGAGAUCUUGAUGAUGAUUUUGAUGAGCAGUCAAUAAUAAAUGCAUUUGCUCAACUUGGAGAAGUUGUGGUUAAUAUCAAAAUGAUGUCUGAUGUCAAAGACAGUGGCUCUUUGAAACCUGGCAAUUACUGCUUCAUAGAAUUUCCUGAUGUUGAUUGUGCCCAAAGAGUAUUGCAUAGGCUAAAUGGAAAAUACAUACCAGGAAAGACAGGGAAACGCUUUAAAUUAAAUCCAGCCAGCUUUGGCAGAGAACAUGAACUUUUGCCAGAGUUCUCUCUCUAUGUUGGAGAUCUGUCAUGGAAUAUUGAUGAUUAUGACUUAUUCUCAUUUUUUCAAAAAAGAUACAAAUCAGUCAGAGGAGCAAAAGUUGUUAUGGAUCAAAGUGGGAAAAGUAAGGGCUUUGGAUUCAUACGAUUCUCAGAAGAAAGUGAUCAGCAAAGAGCAUUAAUUGAAAUGCAGCACAUGACAGGUUUAGGACGCAGACCUAUCAAAGUUAGCCUAGCAUCCAUAAAAAAGCCAAAUGAUUCUCCCUCUUUGAUUCCUCCACCAGUAGCCCUACCUUCUCAUAACAGUUACUAUGCUGGCCACUAUUCUUGGGGAGGUUAUGGUUACCAUUAUAACCAACCAUAUUCUCAAUCUUCAAUGGAAUAUGGAGCGAAUCCUGGAGGAUAUGAGGGAUGUAACACAGCAUUAGAAGAUGAUUCUGAAGUAUUAGAAGACCCAGAGCUUGAAAUUAACGUUGGCAAAGAAAACAGAGAAUUUAUAGAAUCUAGUGAGUCAUUCUUUGCAUCAUUGGAGCAGUCAAGGUGGCAGCCAUUAGACAAUAUAAUGUCUGAAGUCCCAGACUGACAACAAAAAAUAAUUUUUUGGAGUUAAAAAUUUGUAUAUAGGUAUAUUGGAUAUAUGUUUAAUUAAAAAAAAAGGAAUGUU